AUCGCGAGAUUUUAGUCUUGUGAUCUCGGGUGAAGAUGGCGGCUCCGCCAGACGAGCAGAGCUUAGAGUCCCGCAUCAAUAAAGCAACCAACCCUUUAAAUCGAGAAACUGACUGGGAGAGUAUUCAACUGUUCUGUGACCAACUCAGCAAUGAACCUGAAGGUCCACAGUUGGCCACCAGGCUUCUUGCUCACAAGAUUCAGUCCCCUCAAGAGUGGGAGGCCAUGCAGGCACUCACGGUUCUAGAAACCUGCGUGAAGAACUGUGGGAAAAGGUUCCAUAAUGAAGUGGGGAAGUUCCGUUUCUUGAAUGAGCUUAUCAAAGUCGUUUCCCCUAAGUAUCUUGGUUCUCGAGCCCCAGAACCAGUGAAGAAAAAAGUUUUAGAAAUGAUGUACAGCUGGACUGUGAGUUUACCAGAAGAGACAAAGAUUUCUGAUGCUUAUCAGAUGCUUAAAAAACAAGGAAUUAUUAAACAGGACCCAGACCUUCCUGAUGAUAAGCCCUGCCCUCCUCCACCGCCAAGGCCCAAAAAUGCCAUUUUUGAGGAUGAGGAGAAAUCAAAGAUGUUGUCUCGUCUUCUGAAUAGCUCUCACCCUGAGGACCUGCGGGCGGCAAACAAACUCAUCAAAGAAAUGGUUCAGGAGGAUCAGAAGCGUAUGGAGAAGGUGUCGAAGAGAGUGAAUGCUAUUCAGGAAGUAAAAGAGAGUGUUGGGCUUCUCACACAGUUACUGGGAGAUUACAGCAAAGAGAGUGGGUCACAUAGCAAUGAGGAGCUAAUUAAGGAUCUGUACCAGCGUUGUGAGAAAAUGAGACCUACUCUGUUCAGACUGGCCAGUGAUACUGAGGACAAUGAUGAAGCUCUCGCUGAGAUCUUACAGGCGAAUGACAGCCUAACACAGGUGAUAAAUCUGUACAGGCAGCUGGUGAAAGGUGAGGAGGUGAAUGGAGACACCAGCAGCACAGCCACACUCCCAGGCAGUACUGCUCUCUUGGACUUGACAGGACUGGACACCUCUCCUUCGGCUCAGUCUUUCUCUGAAUUUCCUUCUAAGACAUCAUCUUCACAAGAGCUGGGCAUCAGCCUUUUGGAUGAUGAGCUCAUGUCCCUGGGCUUAACUGAAGUCAAUUCUAAUCUGGCAACUUCUCAAUCUGGAGAUGCCAUGACAUGGAAUACUUUUCAGUCAUCAGAGUCUGUGGAUGCAGCUGUUACGCCAGCCCCUGCAGUACUUUUGCCAGUGGCCAGUGCUACCAAGACGCCUGUUACUGCACCUGUGACAUCCACUAAAUCCCUAGAUGAGUUAGACCUGUUGGGUAAGACCCUCCUGCAGCAGUCCCUACCCCCAGAAAGUCUUCAGGUCAAAUGGGACAAACUUCAGUCUCAGUCCAAACCCACACUACGAGACCUUCAGAUCAAGUCUGGAACCAACACUGCUACAACCCCCAGCCCUGUGUUGCCCUUCUCCUCUGAGCCAGGAACUCUUCUGAAUUCACAGCUCACAGCAGGCAUCACUCCAGCUUCUACCCUUCAGGAUGAUAUAUCAUUGGUGAAUGUGACUGUGCCCCUGGAGUCUAUUAAACCUAGUAGCUUGUUACCUGUGACAAUCUUUGAUAAACACAGCCUUCGAGUUCUGUUCCAUUUUGCAAGAGACUCUCCACCAGCCCGGCCAGAUGUUUUAGUGGUGAUAAUCUCCAUGUUGUCUUCUGCCCCUGUGCCCAUCACAAAUGUACGAUUCCAAGCGGCUGUUCCUAAGACUAUGAGAGUAAAGCUGCAGCCUCCAUCAGGAUCAGAUUUACCUGCCUUCAAUCCUAUAUUGCCCCCUGCCGCCAUUACACAGGUCCUGCUUUUAGCCAACCCUCACAAGGAGAAGGUGCGGUUGAGAUACAAACUGACAUUUGAUUUAGGACAAGAAUCACAUGACGAGAGUGGAGAUGUAGAGCAGUUCCCUCCACCAGAGUCCUGGGGAAACCUUUAAAAGAACAGACUGAUUUCCUGCUAGCGGCCCCUCUGCUUCCUUAUGGCAGUUCAUAUCCAGACUAUGUCAAUGGCUCUGCCUUUGAUCCACAUCCUUCUGCCCUCUCCUUAAUGUCUGAAUGAGUACUGGGAGGAGGCCUUUAAAUGAACUCAUUUUAUUUUUAAUUCCAGUUGUUUGACCUUUUUUUCCAGCUUUGUUUUGUUUUCUGGUAUGUCAGGCCCUUUUUGUAUGAAGCUUUAAAUGUUUGAAAGUUAGAGAGAUGAGUUUCGUGGUCAUUUAUGACAUUAUUUCCAUGUGUGAAAUGAGAUACUGGAGUCUUAAGUCAGCUGUAAUGGCAUAGAGCAGGUUAAUUUUCUGCACUAAUUGUUUCACUUUCAUUGUGUUGAUUAAUAGGUUUUGUUCACUUGCACACAUUCUUGAUCAUAUUUGCUUUUUUGUGUGUGUUUGAUUGUAUUGUCAGGCUGCAUGUGGUUUUAAUGGCAACUGAAAAAUCAAUUUCUUAGCAAGAAAUACUUUCAGUUCAGAUGGUCUAUAUAUUACAAAUCAAACAGCCCCUUUUGUCAUUCACUGUAAUUUUUUAUCUUAAGUUAUGAUUGUCCUAAAAUUGCCCCAUGUGCACUGUACUGCUCUUGAACAUCACGCUGAUGUCUUGUUUAUAUUUACCGUACGUGCCUAAUCAGAUUUUUUUUUCAUGCUAACGUGAAUAUAGACAUUUUGUGUUUAUGCUUGUUUUUAAUUUGGCAGAAACGUUAGAACCCUUUCUUGGUUAAGACUGUCUUUUGUUUUUGUGAAAUCCCUGAUGAUUCCACAUCUAAUCUGGGCUCUCAGUGCAGUAGUGUAAUGAAUACUUUCACCCUUACCAUUCCUAUAUGAGAUAAAUGAAGAAUUCUGUACUCGAAAUGAUAACGCAGCUAAUUUAAAUAAUGGUACUGCGGUUAUAUUUAAGCGGAAUCAGGAUGCUGCUGCAUCGGAUUUCUCUGUAGAAAGGAACUGAAAUCACUGUGUUCCCAAAUUAAACAAUUCUAGUUUGUGUCACUCCUUACAGUUAAAGGUCUGUGCAUUCCAGAUCAUUAGUCCUUUCGACCCGACAAAGUGUAAAUAAUAUCGGUAUUGCUAUUAUGUACAUUUGCCAAAAACUAAUACAGAGACUAAACAUAUGGAGAAGUGAAUGUAGUGCAAAUAUGUAUUUAAGGGAAAUAAAGUUAUUCUUUUUCUCGGGGGUUUAAAAUGUGUGUUUUCAUUUUUUGUUUUACGGGUUCGCCUGCCCAUUCAGUCCUGCUAAGAUAAUGGUAAACGAACUUCGCUUGUUGUCCUCGAAAGACGUUUGAACCCGAAGCUGGGCUCGAACUCUGAGUAAGAACCCCCCUUUAUGGUUGUACACUGAAAAAGGAGGAAGAGAAAGAAAA